CAUAGUAGUGCAAACUCGGAAAACUAAAAAAAGUAAACCGAUUUUAACCAUCGUUCCGUCCAACUGGGUUCAAAACGAUCAAGUUUGGUGGCCACCGAAUAAUUUCAUCUCCCUUUCGACGGAUGAAACAACCAUUCCGGAUUAUAAAACUUGGACAAAGCAAGCUUGCAAAGCAGUGGGGCGUACAAAAACUUUCAGAGAUGCCGAAAACGAAGUCAAUCGUCUGCAAAUGGUAACUGACUCAGAGGAUGCCGUCAACAUGACCCAAGGAACGCGAGGGCGUCCUGCUAAAAAAAAGGACAAAUUCGAAUCAAAAUCAUACAAUCUACAACCGCCUAAGAAGCAAAAAGUCGCCGUCACAAGUCCUACAAGCGAAAAAAAAUCUGUAUCAGCGCCAUCCAAUGAAUCGAAUACGCCGGUUCGCAACGAUAGAUUAUUGGAAUAUGAAGUUAUUCCAGGAUAUUCGGCAUCAGGUACGUUGGAAAGUUACCAGUUGUCCCAACAAAGUACCCUAACUCAGGAGACUCCGAUCCUAUUAUCUGGCACGGCUUCAAAUGCUAACACUUCACUAUCAAGUGGGGCUGAAGUUAUGUCGACACCAAUAUCGAACCAACUUCCGUUGAAAACUAUCACCGUAUCCCAAGGAAAUCCUAAUGAAUCGUCGUCAUUCAACGCCGCCUGUCAUGCUAAUCAAAUUGCCGGUAGCUCAAGGACAAUGACACCUAUUGCUGCGAAGACAUCCCAGUCUAGUGUGAACAAGAUCGAUGAUACAAUGCAGUCGUCGAAGAUCAUCCAAGGCAGUGACGGACGGAAAUAUGUAGAAAUGGGAUAUGAUUGCUACGCCGAGCUACCAGGGGAGACGCAGUCGACAGAGAAUGACGAAGUAAAGAUCGAUCUGGGUGAGAAUGAGAUACCAGGAAAUCUAACGGAUGAACUAAUAGAAGAACAGAACGAUGUUUCCUUUCGUGCGCUGUGCGAGCUUCAGAAUGAUAUUGCUGCUAUGAAGACAAGAUUGGAUGCAAUCGAAGCCAAAAUGGAUCAAAUACUUCUCUUCAUGGCCAAUAUAAAUAAGUUUAUGUCAAUGAAACAUUCGGGAAGUUCAACAUCGGAGAAAAAGCGAGAAUAUGAAGACUUCACUGAAUUCGAGAAGCUUUUCCCUAUCAAGGAAGAAAGUCAGAUGGCUGCUUUUGAAAUUCAAUUGAAGUGUGAGGUUUUCGCGGACAAACUAUACCGUUUCUUCCAAACUGAAUAUUGCCUGAACGGAAAACGAGAAGGUAAUCCCUUCUUUAAGAUCGUUGUGAGAAGAAUUCUAGCGCCAACAGUGCUACAACCAUUUUCAUGGAAAGGGCAAUCGAGGAAGAUACCUGGUCCCGACAAUGCGGUGGAAAACCGUAGCUUUAAGGACACAUUUCCGAAGUUUGUAAACUUAAUGCAACGCAUAGUAUGUGCCGCCGACAUUGAGUUCACUGCAGAAGCGAACGGCGAAUGUUUCAGCAAAUUGCUUCGGCAAAAGAACAUUGAGCUACAACGUUUUUUGGAUGGGAAGCCGCAAAGACAAUCCCAUUGCACUCGCGCGAGAAAGGAUAAUCCUGGAAAAACCAAAAACUGCAAUGGAGCUAAUCUCGAACAACAAGAUUUAAUUUUUAUUGACAACACACAACAACUAGAAUCGUUGGACGAAUAAUUUUAUCAGCAGACCUUGGUUUGUAGACAUAUUUGGUUGAUAAGAACAAUAAAAGAACUCGAUUUUGUAUUUUCAA